AUGGUCUACAGACAUAAACUAGACUACGAACUUUCACUAGAAUACUACAAUAAAGUACUUAAUAUUGAACUCGAAUCUUUACCAGAGCUACAUCCAAAUAUUGCUUCAACUUACAAUAAUAUCGCAUUAUUGCUAAAUCAAUUACAUCGUUAUGAUGAAGCAUUAAAUAAUUAUAUGAAAGCAUUGAAAAUUGAACAAAAAUCAUUACCAUCGAAUCAUUACAAAAUUGGAAUGACAUAUAACAACAUAGCAUUACUUUAUACAAAUACUAAUGAUCAAAUAAAAGCUUUAGAUUUUUAUGAAAAAGCAUUGACUAUAUUUUGUGAUACUUUAGAACAUGAUCAUCCAACUAUUGGAUCGAUUUAUUAUAAUAUGGGAGAUGUGCAUUAUAAACUUGGAAAUAAUGAUACAGCUAUGGAUUAUUUUCAAAAAGCACUUGAUAUACGACUAAAAUCACUUUCAAAUGAUCAUAUCGACCUUGCAGCUAUAUUAAAUAGUAUCGGUGUGAUUUAUUUAAUUCGAGAAAAUUUUAUUGAUGCACUUAGGCAUUGCGCACAAGCACUUAAAAUACAACUGACGUCAUCUCCAGACACUCAUCCAGAUUUAGCUGCCACACAUUUUAAUCUUGGUAGAAUUAAUUUAAAACUAAAUCAAUACGAUAAAGCAUUAGAACAUUUUCAAGUGUUUCAGACAAUCAUGACUAAAAUCUUUAAAGAAGAUCAUCAUGAUCUCGAAUUAUUAUAUUUUUAUAUUGGUAAUACUUAUCUUUUACUUGAAAAUUAUCAAAAAUCAAUUGAGAAUUCUGAAAAAUUUCUUCAAAAUCAACUGAAAAAGCCCAAUUCAGACAAAGAUCAUUUAGCAACAACAUACACAUAUAUGGGACUAACUUUCAAUAAACUAGGUAAAUAUGUUGAGUCAACAAAGAAAUUUAAAAAAGAAUUAGAAUUUCAAUCAGAAUUACAAAAACAACUUGAAAUGAUAGAAAUCAUUGCACAUAUUGGGAAAAACUAUCAUAAACAAGCUAAUUACACAGAAGCAUUGAAAAAUUAUCAAGAAGCAAUCGCAUAUUUCAAAGCUCUGCUUGAGUUACAAUCAAAAUAU